AUGCAUUCUACCAUGAUCCUUCUGGGUGUCUUGUUUGGCCUGCUGAGCCAGGCGUACACUCUACCUGUUAAGAAUUCUACUGGACUACAUGAGGCAAAAGUGAGGUUGAGAAGGACAUACUCAGGUGGGAUUUCAAACGAAUUUACAGACCAUGAUCAUGAUGACAUGAACGCAAUGGAUAAAAUCCUGGAAGUCAAUCACAGGUUGCGAUUUCCCAGAGGAAUGUCCUUCAGAGAUGGAGAUAUUGCCAGCUCGUAUUUCCGGAGUGCCAUAACCUGCCCUGGCAAUGCCUGUCUGUGGCCUAAAGCAGUUGAUGGAUUUGUUUAUGUUCCCUUCAUGCUCUCUCCAAUAUAUGAGGACAUGGACAGAAUCACCAUAGAAACUGGGAUGCAAGACAUUACUGCUGGAACGUGUAUUAAAUUUGUUCCACGUACUCAGGAAGCCAGCUUUCUUGAUAUUCAGCCUAGAUAUGGCUGCUGGUCGUUCCUGGGGCAGACUGGAGGAAGCCAGACCCUGUCACUGCAGACUCCUGGGUGCAUGUGGUCAGGAGUCGCUGCCCACGAGUUCAUGCAUGCUCUUGGUUUUGUACAUGAGCAAUCUCGCUCAGAUCGAGACCACUAUGUCUCAAUUGUAUGGAAAAACAUCAUGGCAGACCAAGCUCAUAACUUCAGGAAACAGGAAACAAACAAUCUCAACAGUCCAUAUGACUACAACUCUGUCAUGCAUUAUGGAAGAUAUGCCUUCUCUGAAGAUGGUGGACCAACAAUCAUCCCCAGACCAGAUCCUUAUGUUCCGAUUGGCCAGCGAGACGGACCCAGUAUUCUAGAUCUUCAUAAAAUAAAUGUCCUAUACAACUGUGGAGUCAACUAA